UUGGCGUUGUAAUAGGAAAUCUGAUAUUUUGAUUUUAUAUGAUCUACCAGCUCCACCUUUGGCUUUGAAUAUAGACUUUAAUACACUUGUCUCUUAGCUUCCUCUUCUUAUUCAAAAUGAGUAGCAGCAGCCUGAGUAUGGUGGAAUCCAAAUUACCACCAGGAUUCAGAUUCCAUCCCAGAGAUGAAGAACUUAUUUGCGAUUACUUAAUGAACAAGGUUGCUGGUUCUGGUUCUGAAUCCGACCGACACUACCCUCUUCUCAUCGAAGUUGACCUUAACAAAUCCGAGCCUUGGGAGAUUCCUGAAGUGGCAUGUGUUGGAGGGAAGGAAUGGUACUUCUACAGCCAACGUGACAGAAAAUACGCGACGGGACUGCGAACAAACAGGGCGACAAUAUCGGGAUAUUGGAAGGCAACGGGAAAAGAUAGGGCAAUCAUGAGAAAAGGAAGCUGUCUUGUGGGAAUGAGGAAAACCCUAGUUUUCUACCAAGGCAGAGCUCCUAAAGGAAGAAAAACUGAUUGGGUCAUGCAUGAGUUCCGCCUCGAAGGAUUGUGUAAAAAUUAUGUACUGACCUUGUUGUAUAAAAUGAAACAGGAGGAUUGGGUGUUAUGCCGAGUAUUCCACAAGAAUAAGGAAUUACUUGCUACCAAACAAGGAGCAGGAAGCAGCAUCUAUCAUGAACAUGACACGAUAAGCUCUUCAUCUCUACCGCCAUUAAUGGAUCCUUAUAUCACUUUUGACCAAACACAGCCUAACAAUAUUAAUAUCAAUACUAUUAAUAUGAAUGAAUUAUAUUAUGAGCAAGUGCCCUGCUUCUCCAUUUUCAACCCUAACCAAACUUUCAUCUCCCACAGCCACCACCUCCCCACUACUACCACCGCCGGAGCUACCGGUGCAUUCGGCGGUUUGCCAGCUGAUAUUGGAACGUACUUAAAUGCAGCCGCAACUUCCUCUUCGUGUGAGAACAAAGUAAUAAAAGCUGUUUUAAGUCAUCUGAAUAUUAUGGAAGGUAGUCAUAACAAUAUUAAUAACCCUGCCCAUAAUAUUGUGAACAUAAAAGCAGGAGGUUCUCCUACAAGCUUUGGGGAAGGAAGUUCUGAAACUAGCUUCUUGUCUGAGGUGGGCUUGACUACAAUGUGGAACAAUCAUUAUUGAUUUUUUAGACAACUUUUCAAAAUUA